UUAUUCGUAAAUUCGAAGAAAAGUGUUGACGAAAGUCAAAGAGAAUCAAGUGACGGGCAACUCUGAACAAGCCUAUCGCCGGCCCUGAAACACACGUGUGACGUAGCGGCGAAGUGGAGAAGACUGGUUAGCUUGUUGGUAAAGCAAAAACGUCACGACGGAGGCGAGUCUGCGAUCGCUAUCACCGCGCGGCUUCCGGCCUCUCCGUUUUGUCCAGUACAGUCGUUUUUCACACAUCAUAACCGCGAGUAUUCGUAUCGAACCACAACAGCGAGAUAGAAAGCGAGAGAAUGGGUCUCAAUCCCAUGAAAUGGAAAACGAGAACCGUCGUGUACGGUAUCUUAGGGGCCUUACUUUUCUACGUGCUAUUCGUUUACAAGAAGAAGCAACAAGUAAUACACGAAGUCGUCGUAAACGAUUCAAAUCCCAAACAUGUGUGGGAAUUUGUGGCUGACUUUAGCAACAUGAAAAAAUUGAAUCCCACGAUAGAGGACUUCAGUGUGAUCGCGGAAAGCGGCAAUUACGAUCACUGGAAAUAUACCGUGCAAUACACAGAACAUCUGAGCCAUCUGCCGAUGAUCCGUAACGUAGCGCACGGGCAAUACGCCGUAAAACCCGACGACGACGGCUACGUUAUCAGUUCUAAACAUCGGACUUGCUUCUUCCUCGAUUUCGGAUGCUUGGAGUCUAUUUCGCAAUUCAGAUUCGAUGUGGACGGUACGAGAGAUACGAAAUGUAUCGAGACCGUGCAAUACGAAUGUCCGAUCGCGUUCUCACCUCUGUGCCACAGAGAAGUCGUGUAUCAGCGGAAUGAAAUAAUGAAGAGGCUCAAAGCGGAAUUCGCCAGUCGAUCGAAGUGAAUUACACGCGCGUCGUGUAUUUAGCAAUAUCUUUCUCAAUAAAAACAUUUCGUUACACA